AUGCGCGCGCACACUCCCCCCUACCGGCGCACGCAUUGGGCGUCGCCGAGAGCUCCCAAAGCUGACUUGUGUGGCUGCUUGUGCGGCCUGGAGGAGCUGCUGGCGGAGGUCGAGGCGGAGAAGCGCGCCAAGGGCAAGAAGGGCAAGAAGAAGAAGAAGAAGGGCGGCGGGGCGGGCGGGGCUGCGGGGCCGUCGCAGGAGCCCGAGGAGGGUGCCGAGGCGCCGUCGGAGGCAGACGCAGCCGAGGCGGCGAAGAAGGCCGAGGAGGCGAGGCUUCUCCAGCUUCUCGAGACGCUCACCGAGGAGAGGAUGCGGCUCGGCAUGAUCACGCCGGAGAGCCAGGCGGCGGCGUCGGCAGAGGUGGCCGAGGCGGCGCGCUUGGGCGCUGCGGCGGACGAGGCGGACGAGGAGGUGGAGGCGGACGAGGAGGAUGAGGAGGCGGCAUUGGCGGCGCUGGCGGAUGCCGAGGUUGCGCGGGCGGAGGCCAGAGCAGCGUUGGAGAAGGCCAAGGCGGCGCAGGCGGCGGCCAGGGCGGCGAAGGCGGCGGCUUGGGCGGCGCUGGAGGAGGCCAGGGCGGCGCUAGUCGAGGCCGAUCUGGCAGUUGAAGGGGGCGAGACGGCGCUCGAAGGGAGCGACGCGGCGCUCGAGGAGGCGGCGGCCGCUGCAGACGCGGCGCGCACUGCUGCGGCCGCUGCGAGGACGAGGGCGGCAACUGCCAGGACGGCGGCAGAUGCAGCCCCGCAGCACUCAUAG